UGGUUUCCGAGUCACACCCAAAAUGUAAUUCUUUCUUUUAUUUUUUUGUGUGCGCACCAGAGAAGAGAACUCAAACCCUAGAAAAUCAGGUCGCGAGUCUGAAAAUAAUAUUUGUUUCCAGAUCAAAUGAGCAAUAAUCGGGUGGGGUAUAGGUUUAGUCCUACGGACGAGGAAUUGAUAAAAUUUUAUCUGAAGAACAAAAUUCUGGGUAAUGAAUGGCUCGUUACCGAUGCGAUUAGCGAGAUCAACAUCUUUAGCUACGAACCACAGUUUCUGCCUGCGUUAUCGAAGAUCAAAUCGAAUGAUCUUGUAUGGUACUUCUUCUCUCCGAAAGAAUCCACGAAGAAGGCGACAAGGAGAGUUACACGUUCUGGGUUUUGGAAAAAAACUGGUCGUUCUAUGAAUAUCAAUAAUAAGGGAGGAAAUUGCGGGGAGAUCGGGCUUAAGAUGACGCUUGUGUACAUUGACGAUAAAGUUCGUAAAUCUGAUUGGCUUAUGUACGAGUAUCACAUCACUUGCUUACCUCCUGAUCAGAGGACCUAUGUUAUCUGCAAAAUAAUGUAUAAGGGUGAAGGUGGAGACUUCCUAUCUGGUGGUAAUGAAGUUGGAAACUUCCCUUCUGGUGGUAAUAACUCAAGUUCUCUGGGUCACUCUUUUGUCGCUGAAUCUAAUUCUGCCAGAGCAACAAUUCUUACAAAGAUGGACAAACGUCAGCAUAACCUUCCAUCAAAACAAACACCGGUCGUUGAUUCCAACACCGUAAGAGCAGCUAAUUUUGCAAAGAUGUACAAACUUCUGCAAAACCUUCCAUCCGUAGAAAGACAAGGGAAGCUCAAUUCAGACGACGCACCUUAACAUCAAAACAUGCGGUCUUGUGUGUGUUGAUUCGGUGCCUACCUGUUAUCUUAUUAUCUCAAACAUAUGUUGGAUUUUAAAGAUAUUGAUUAUGUUCUUUCCUUUUCAGGUGAAAUAAUGUUUAUAAAAAAAAUUUGCUUAUCAAUAAUCUUUUGAUAUGAAUCUGCAAAUAA